CUUUAUUAAAUGUUAGUGCGCUUCAAAUAGUCAACCCUCGUAUCUCCCGUACUGCAUGGAGUCGCUCACAACAAUUUUCGGGUGAGCCGCCACUUUAACCUUGGCAUAUCUGACCGGCUACAUCACUUGUACAAAGAUCCAUCCCGCGCCAAGUUCGUACCUAUUUCAAAAUGUCCACUAAAACCCCUAUCGAAGCCCAGGAUCCGAGCUUGGAGACCCAGAAGGAGAAGGUCGAAUUCGUGACCCAGGAGAAGAUCAAAAUGUACCCAGACAAUCCCACCACGAACCACCACCAGAGACAGAUGAUGGCCAAGGAGCCAUCCAAGUUUUAUGACCCGUGCCAUGAAACGGCGCAGAUGUCGCUCCGCUGCUUGGACAGAAACGACUACAACAAGGAGAUGUGUCACGAGUACUUUGCGGCGUACAGAGAGUGCAAGAAGGAAUGGAUGGAGCAGCGCAGAGCCGACAGGUCCAAGGGGAACUGGUGGUAAGCAGACUCCAUAUUUGUGUAUUGUUUGGUGUUUCCAGAAUGAAUCGUGGCAAACGGCGGUCGUCACGGAUGCUGUUGUGUAUAUAGUUGUAAUAUAAACGAGGUACUAGCAUAAAACUUUGUUA